GAUCGAGGGGGUCGGACCGGUCCGCUUGCGGGCGAGGGCCUGCCAUGGGCGGCCGCAACAAGAAGCAGCGGGCGGGCAGCGCGGCCCGUACCGCCUCCGCCGCCACCGCCGCCGCCCGGGCUCGAGCGGCUGCCGAGGCCGGCGCCGCCGCGGAGGCAGGCAGCCGAGCCGCGCCGCGGCCGCCUCUCGCCUCCAAGGAGCCGCGCGUCAAGCAAGGUCCAAAAACUUACAGUUUUAGUUCAACAACAGAUUCCAGUGCUGCUGCAAAUCUUGAUAAAUCUGUUCUUAAGGUGAUGAUAAAUGGUAAUUUGGAGAAAAGGAUUAUUGAUGUAAUCAAUGACCAUAAAAACCAAAAUGAUGACAAAGGAAUGAUUUCCAGAAGACUUACUGCUAAGAAACUACAGGAUGUAUAUAUGGCUUUACAAAGAUUCUCUUUUAAGACUGACCACAUUGAAGAAGCAAUGAAAAAUACACUUCUGUAUGGUGGUGAUCUUCACUCUGCUCUUGAUUGGCUUUGUUUAAACCUUCCUGAUGAUGCCUUGCCUGAAGGUUUUAGCCAGCAGUUUGAAGAACAGCAACAGAAGCCUAGAGCAAAAUUUUGUUCUCCUGUGUCACAACGUGAACCUCCACCUUGCUCAAUAGAUAACAAAAAGAAAGAAAAUGGCCCUGAAACUAAGGAAAUGAAUGGGGGGAAGGAGAAAGAAGUGAGUAUGAAGGAGUGGAUUUUGCGAUAUGCUGAGCAACAAAGUGAUGAAGAGAAGAAUGAGUCUGUGAAAGAGUCAGACGAAGAAAAGUGUGACCCAAAUGAGAGGUAUGUACAUCUGGCUGCCAAGCUUUCAGAAGAAAAAGACCAAGCAAGCAUCUCCAAGCAAGACAAAGACAAGCAAGGCCAGAAGGUAGCACAGGAGAAAAUAAGAAGAAUUCAGCAAGAAAUGGCAAUACUUGAAGAACAUCCGGUAUUUAAUCCGGCAAUAAAGAUUUCAAACCAACAGCAAAAUGAGAAGAAAAAAACUCCCUUACCUCAGUCUCAAGAAACCACUUUGAAUUUGAGCCUGCUUGAAAAACCAGAUGGUGCUGCAAAGGAAGACAAAGUGAAAAAGAAAGAACCGCUAGAUAUAAGAAAUUUUGAUUAUAGUGCUCGAAGCUGGACCGGUAAAUCUCCAAAACAAUUUUUGAUUGACUGGUGCAGGAAGAAUUUUCCCAAGAGCCCAAAUCCGGCUUUUGAAAAGGUUCCAGUUGGAAAAUAUUGGAAAUGUAGGGUCAAGAUUACCAAAUCAUCAGAUGAUGUAAUGGCAAUGUGUCCUACAAUUGUAACAGAAGAUAGUAUGCAAGCGCAACAUCUAGCUGCUACUUUGGCACUCUAUCAUUUAACCAAAGGGCAGUCAGUUCAUCAGUUACUGCCUCCUACCUACCGAGAUGUCUGGCUGGAAUGGAGGGAUAUUGAAAAGAAAAAGGAAGAAGAAAACAAGAUAGAAACCAACAAACCUCGUGAUAACUUUAUUGCUAGAUUAUUAAACAAACUCAAACAACAACAACAGAUACAGUCUGAAAACCAACUAAAAGUAUCUGAGGGUCCUGAAGAUUCCUGGGAAAAUUUAGUUUCUGAUGAGGAGUUCAGCAGUCUCUCCCUUGAGACCUCAGACACAGAUGAUUUGGAACCUUCAAGGAUUUUGUUCAAAAAGCUGCAAAGUUCCUCCAGAUACCAGAGGCUUCUGAAAGACAGACAGGAGUUACCUGUGUUUAAGCACAGAUACUCGAUUGUAGAAACCCUUAAAAAACAUCGAGUAGUUGUUGUGGCUGGUGAAACAGGCAGUGGGAAGAGUACCCAGGUGCCCCAUUUCCUGUUGGAAGACUUGUUGCUAGAUGAAGGAUCAAAUAAAUGUAAUAUUGUUUGCACACAACCCCGAAGAAUCUCAGCAGUGAGUUUGGCAACCAGGGUUUGUGAAGAGCUAGGCUGCGAAUCAGGACCAGGAGGAAAAAAUUCCCUGUGUGGAUAUCAGAUUCGUAUGGAAUCCAGAACAGGAGAAGCCACCAGGCUACUGUACUGUACAACAGGUGUCCUGCUUCGGAAACUUCAAGAAGAUGGUCUUCUUUCAAGUAUAUCGCAUGUUAUUGUAGAUGAGGUACAUGAAAGAAGUGUCCAGUCUGAUUUCCUCCUAGUUAUUCUGAAGGAGAUCUUGCAUAAGCGUUCAGACCUGCAUCUGAUUUUAAUGAGUGCUACUGUAGACAGUGAGAAGUUUUCCAGCUAUUUCUCACACUGUCCCAUUUUAAGGAUCUCAGGGAGGAGUUACCCUGUUGAGGUUUUCCAUGUUGAAGAUGUAAUUGAAGCAACUGGCUAUGUUCUGGAGAAAGACUCAGAAUAUUGUCAGAAGUUCUUGGAGGAGGAGGAGGAGGAAGUAAGAAUAAAUGUUACUGGCAAAGGAGGAAGCACUACAAAGUAUCAGGAGUAUGUCCCAAUCCAGUCUGGAUCUGGUAUUGAUUUGGCUCCUUACUAUGCGAAGUAUAGCAGUCGUACACAGCAGGCUAUCUUCUAUAUGAAUCCUUACAAGGUCAACCUUGAACUUAUUUUGGAGUUGCUUGCAUACUUAGAUAGAAGUCCUCAGUUCAAGAACAUUGAGGGUGCUGUGCUGAUCUUUUUACCAGGCCUUGCCCAUAUCCAACAGCUGUAUGAUCUCAUUUCAACUGACAGAAGAUUUAACUUGCGUGACAGGCACAGGUUGAUAGCUUUGCAUUCUGUUCUGUCAACUCAAGAUCAAGCAGCUGCAUUUACAAUACCUCCCCUUGGUAUCAGAAAGAUUGUUUUGGCAACCAAUAUAGCAGAGACAGGUAUUACAAUACCAGAUGUUGUCUUUGUAAUUGAUACUGGGAGAACAAAAGAAAAUAGGUAUCACGAAAGUAGUCAGAUGAGUUCCCUGGAGGAGACCUUUGUUAGUAAAGCUAGUGCUCUGCAGCGACAAGGAAGAGCUGGGCGUGUUAGGGAUGGAUUCUGCUUCCGAAUGUACACAAGAGACAGGUUUGAAAGUUUCAUGGAAUACUCUGUUCCAGAAAUAUUGCGUGUGCCUUUGGAGGAAUUAUGCCUUCAUAUUAUGAAAUGCAAUCUUGGCUCUCCUGAAGACUUCCUUUCCAGAGCAUUAGACCCGCCACAGCAACAAGUAAUUGGUAAUGCAAUGAACCUGUUGAGGAAGAUUGGGGCUUGUCUGUUAAAUGAGCCCAAGCUGACUCCAUUGGGCCAGCACCUUGCAGCCCUUCCUGUCAAUGUAAAGAUUGGCAAAAUGCUUAUAUUUGGUGCUAUAUUCGGCUGCUUGGAUCCUGUGGCAACUCUGGCUGCUGUUAUGACAGAAAAAUCCCCAUUUACUACGCCAAUUGGUCGAAAAGAUGAAGCAGAUCUUGCAAAAUCAUCUCUAGCAAUGGCAGUUUCAGACCAUAUAACAAUCUACAAUGCUUAUCUGGGGUGGAAAAGGGCUCGACAAGAAGGGGGGUAUCGUGCUGAAAUGACUUAUUGCAGAAGAAAUUUCCUUAAUAGGACUUCACUGUUAACUCUGGAGGAUGUGAAGCAAGAACUCAUAAGGGUGGUCAGAGCAGCAGGCUUCACAGCACCUACAACACAAUGUGGAUGGGAUGGAAAUGGAGCCACACAAUCCCUUUCUCUCCAAGAAAUAGCUCUUCUUAAAGCUGUGUUGACUGCAGGGCUGUAUGACAACGUAGGAAAAAUAAUGUAUACAAAGUCUGUGGAUAUUACAGAGAAGCUGGCUUGUAUGGUAGAAACAGCUCAGGGUAAAGCACAAGUGCAUCCCUCCUCUGUAAAUCGAGACUUGCAGACAUACGGAUGGCUCCUUUACCAGGAGAAGGUGAGGUACACUAAGGUAUAUUUGAGAGAGACUACUUUAAUAUCCCCCUUUCCCAUUUUGCUUUUUGGUGGGGAUAUAGAAGUCCAGCAUCGGGAGCGCCUCCUGACAGUUGAUGGCUGGAUCCAUUUUCAGGCUCCUGUAAAGAUAGCAGUAAUUUUCAAACAGCUGAGAGUUCUCAUUGAGUCUGUUUUAAAGAAGAAGCUUGAAAAUCCUAAAAUGUCACUUGAAGAUGACAAGGUCUUACACAUCAUCAAAGAACUGAUAAAAACAGAGAAUGGUAACUGAAACCAGGAAUCAGUAACAAACCAGAGCUUCAGUAAUGGCACUCCAGCAUUAACUGAAAGUAUUUAAAUGCUUAGUGUGGUUGAUACCAGCCAUGAUGUGGAAAGACUGCAUGAUUUUGCAUAAAAUUUGCCUUUCUCUGUGUCAUUUUUAAAGAUGAACAUUGAAUAUGUUUAGCCUUUACAAUACAUUUGGUGCCAUUUGUCUGACUGUAUGGGUGAUGGAUGGAAGCAGUUUCUUUCCAAUAUAAAAAUGGCUGUGGCCAAUGCAUCUUUUUUGUUUGUUUGUUUAAUGUACUAAUCAUACCAUCACUGGUGGUGCAGACUGUAGUAUUGAUUAACGAUUGGGUCCUGAAUCUCAGUUGAGUAGACAAGUGUUUCUUAUGUGGGUUUCCUAAGUGGUAAAUUUUUUUGUUGUUAAUCUAUGAAUUUACAGUAAUAAAGCAAUACAAUCAUACAGAUAUCUUCAUUUUCCUGUAUGGUUUACAUUAAGAAGAUACUUUAUAAGAAGAUAUGGACUGCUGUGAACAGGUGCUCAGCAAGGCAAGUGUACUUACCUGCAGCCUCUCCCAUCCUGUGCCUCUUCUCACACUUGUUCCUCCCUGUUCACCCUGAUCCUUGUCUCUCCCUGCUCCUGUAAUAAGUUUUGCUGUCCCUUUCAUAUGUUAAGCUUUGCACAGUCCUGCAAGCCCUCUCAAAUGAUGAUCAUGUUUUUCCCCCUUUAUUGAUCAAAGCUGAGGUUGACGCUCUUCAAGGCUAUACCAGAGCAAGUUCCUUUAAAUGGCUUAUCAAUCAGUGGCUGAAGCCUUCUGCUCUUCAUUGUUCUCUCUUACCACUUGCUCACAAUGUUUGUGUUGUCUAUGUGUUCCUUUGUUUCUUAUUUCUUUUGUACUGAAUAUUCCUUACCCAGAUAACUUAAUGGACUAGAUGCUCUUACAUUCUACCUAUCCACACCAUUUACAAUUAUGAAGUGAAAUUUCAGAUCACCAACUCGGCUUUCAAGAAUGAGGAAUUUUGGGGGAGAGUGGGUUGCCAUUAAGCAAUUGCAGUUGAGUAGGAGCUCUGCAUGUACAGGCAGAGGCACAAUGUGGAAGAUAAUUUUUUUAAUCUGAAAAACAGAGAUAGUGUACAGAAAGGGGACUGAGGAAAAUGCAUGAAAACGUAAAAUACAUGGAGCUAUCCAGUUAGACUAUCAUAGCAGAACUGGUACUGCUGCACUAAGAGUGACAUAAACUGAAGGUAAACCAGCUUGUGUAUGUUACCCUACACUCAAUUCUGGAAGAGGCAAGUUCUAAUAAUAGUUUGCUAAGAACUCUGAGGGAAAAGUGUCGACAUCUGUUACCCUUUUUAUGAAUUGUGAUAAACUAGUGGUAGUCUUAGUUUCCUAGAGGAGCCAGGAAGUGGUUUUUUUUAAAUUCUGAAGUAUACAACAUUUAUGCAAGGAAGCAUUUAAACAAGAUAAAGAUUUAACUAAGACCGCUAUUCCCAGACAUAUUCUCCUUUCACAGCAGAAGCACAGAAAUAAAAACCUGCAAACUACAUUCCGAAUUAAAAAAUUAAAUCUGUACCCUGAACAAUUUCCUAGAUUUUGUUCUAUUUCAGGUCUUUGAUUUGGAUCCUUUGGAAACAUGAAUUAGAAAUACAUUUCAGUAAUUCAACAACUAACAUGCUCAUGUUUAUUUUAGAUUUGAAUUUCACGUAUCAGUUGUUGGUUUUAAAUGGCUAAAGCCUAGUGAAAGUGUUAAACGAGGGAGAAGAACUCAAGGACAAUUCACUGCGAUGAAUAGAGAGGUUUUGUAGGUAGGGUAAUGUUGAAAUUCAGAGGUAUUCUUUGUGUUCCUCUAGCGUGUCCUGCUUUGUAAUCUUUUAAAGAAAUAGCUUCUUUCAGUUGUUAUUCAGUUGUAAUAACUAGGAAAUUGCACGCUCUCCUGAGCGAGCAACUGUUUUCUGCAAAACAUGAAACAGGUCACGUUGUGCUGUACAGAAAAGCACAGUUAUCUUAAAAUUAAAAACAAAAAUCAAAGACUACAGUGGCUUUGUGCUCCUGCAGUGUAUGUCAGCAACUUUUGUGCCUGUGUUCUUUUGGGUGGAUGAACUUUCUCUUUUGUUCCAUUUAUUUAAUAAAUACUUCUGCUAACA